AUGGCAUCUACUCAAGCUCCUGGCUCGUCCGCGCCUUCCUCAAACAUCAACUCCCCCCUCCUCCCACCAGGCAAUGGCCCUCUCCUCAACGGCGCAUUGUCUGAUCUCAACUCUCGAGCCUCUCCAGCUCCCGCCAGCAACGCAUCUGUCCAAGGUGCUGAUGCAGCUCGCUCAAAGCGCAACAAGCGAGAUAGUCGCAAGAAACGUGAAGCCAAGGGUCUAGACCCGGAAAACGCACCACCGCCCAAGAAACGCGCAACGGUUGCAAGCAUGGCGCGCCCCAGUUCGGAACUCUCGAUCCUCCGCCCACUGCUACUCGCCGAACCCCGGGCUUCAGAUCAGUCACCACCGCAGCCGCGUCAAUUCAACCUUGUGACAAGCAAGAGCUCGGAAGUGCUGGGUCAGACAUGGGAUUUCCACGAGGUUGUCGAUAAACUCACCAACAAGAACGGCUUCCGCUACAGCUAUGCAAUCGGUGACCCGGGCUUCCCCCAUAUCAAGUACCGACAGACCGAUGUUGAACCGUACCACGCACGCUUCAGCUUCGAGGAUUCUCCUGCCGCGAUUUCCUUUUCGCAGGACGCUAGGGCAGUAACCACCAGUAGUGCGUGGCAUACGGCGCGCGCAAACGUGUGUGUUCGGGAAGGAUCAUAUUAUUACGAGGCACGCGUCAUCAGUGGCCGGGUGGAUGAUCCCCAAGGAGCUCCCCAAAAGGGCGGACCUAGCGCAUCCCCUCGAGGCCAUGUGCGACUCGGAUUCGCUCGACGUGAGGCGGACUUGGAUGUCAACGUGGGCGUCGACUGCUACGGAUACGGCAUCCGCGACGUGAACGGCGAAGUCGUCAAUCGCAUGCGCUGCGAACCCUUCUUUCCCAAGGGCGAAGGCAUUAACGAGGGCGAUGUCAUCGGCAUGCUGAUCACCCUCCCACCUCUCUCUCUACACAAAAAAAUUGUCGAAGGCACCUACGACCCGGCUGUAGAUGGCGAUGGAUCCGACCAGUCAUCCCGGGUUCCUACAGCCGCCAAUAUCAUCCGAGACCGUAUCCCUUUCCACUACAAAUCCGACUUCUGCUGGCAACAGUCCAACGUCUUCUCUACAAAGCACCUCCGCGACUACGCCUUCAACCUAAAAGAAACUCCUACCUUCGGGCCUCCCUCCCCACUCAACAGUGAAGACCCUACUCUCCGCACAUUGCCCGGCUCCAGCAUUACCAUCUUCAAAAAUGGCGUCAAGAUGGGCACGCCCUUCAAAGAGCUGUAUGCUUUCCUACCACCAGCUAGCCGUCUCGCCAACGGUACGAAUAAUCUCGGCAUCGGAGAACGUGAAAAUGCCGACGACGGCAUGAUCGGCUACUACCCGGCUGUCAGCUGCUACGGCGGUGGUGCUGCCGAAUGCCGCUUCGAAGGCCCAUGGUGGUUUGGUCCGCCCGAGCAAGACGAGUUCGGUGGUCCAGUCCGACCUAUUGGCGAGCGCUUCAACGACCAGAUCGUUGAGGAUGUUGUUGCCGACCUCGUCGACGAGGUCGAAGCCAUGUUCACCUGGGGUGGAAUCGAUGGCGACGUGAUUGGAAAUAAUAACACGGGAAUGGACGGUACGGCGUCUAGUGCCAUUGGGGGCUCCGAAGUUCUACAGAAUGGCGUCGGUGCUGCGCUUGCUACGGCUGGUGCGGCGGGGGCUUCUGAUUCCGCUGUGAACAGUAAUCAAGCUACGCCUGCUGCUAACCCGGUGCUCGAGGAUGCGAUGAGUGUUGGCACAGCCGGGACACCUCAGGCUGCGGAUGCUCCAACGGGUGCAGAUGAGGAUGUUGAGAUGACUUGA